GAGUCAGUCACCGACCGCUCGGACUGCGGAGGAGCUGGGAUCAAACUACAACUGUCUCUGUGAACUGUUUUACAUCACCCAGAGCGCGGUUCCCUCCUCAGACACCCAGAACAGUCCAUCUCCUAAAGUCCUGACUCAAAAUCUCAGUCCAGUCCAAAGAUUUCAGUUGGAAGCCAGUCCUAUCAGGUUUGGACACUGUUGGCGUUUGUCCCACAAGUCUUCUGUCCAGUUCCAGCUGGUUUUUCUGUUUCUUUUUGGUGGAGGACAGCCGAGUUUUUCAAGCUGGAAGAAGGAGAGACGAGCAGGGCCGACGGCCCGACCUUCGUGCUGCGACACCGAACUUCAAAUCUAAUAGAAAAUGCUAAAAAUUCCUCGCCUAUAAGUCCCAUGAGUCCACGGGAGAAAGACUCACCCACCUCAGGCUCUUCAACCAGUCACCUCAGCACCACAGAGUGCCCCUCACACAAUGGGACUGUCCCAGAGUGUGAUGGAGGGAGAAUAAAUGCAGAUGAAGACAGAGGAACAGAAGAACAUAAGGAGCAGCAGGAGGAGAAAAGCAGUGACGAAGGUUUCAUGGGAAUGACCUCACUGCUGCAAGCCCACCACGCCAUGGAAAAGAUGGAGGAGUUCGUACACAAGGUGUGGGAGGGCCGGUGGCGCGUCAUCCCUCACGACGUGCUCCCCGACUGGCUGAAGGACAACGACUUCCUGCUUCACGGUCACAGGCCGCCUAUGCCUUCGUUCCGCGCCUGCUUCAAGAGCAUCUUCAGAAUCCACACGGAGACCGGGAACAUCUGGACACAUCUGCUAGGCUGUUUGUUUUUCCUCUUUCUGGGUCUCAUGUACAUGUUCAGGCCCAACAUGUCUUUUGUGGCGCCGAUCCAGGAGAAGGUAGUAAUCGGGAUGUUCUUCCUCGGAGCCAUCCUCUGCCUCUCGUUCUCCUGGCUCUUCCACACGGUCUACUGUCACUCAGAGGGAGUGUCCAGAGUCUUCUCCAAGUUGGACUACAGUGGGAUAGCCUUCCUGAUCAUGGGCUCCUUCGUCCCCUGGUUGUACUACUCCUUCUACUGCUCCCCUCAGCCCUGCUUCAUCUACCUGAUAGUUGUGUGCAUACUGGGACUGGCGGCCAUCUUUGUCUCUCAGUGCGACUUCUUCGCUACCCCGCAGUACAGAGGAGUCAGAGCAGGCGUGUUUGUGGGUCUGGGUCUGAGCGGCGUGGUUCCGACCCUGCACUUCGUCAUCAGCGAGGGUCUGAUCAAAGCCACCACCAUCGGUCAGAUAGGCUGGCUGCUGCUCAUGGCGACGCUCUACAUCACCGGCGCCUGUUUGUACGCCGCUCGCAUCCCCGAGAGGUUCUUCCCCGGCAAGUGCGACAUCUGGUUCCACUCCCACCAGCUGUUCCACAUCUUGGUGGUCGCCGGGGCUUUUGUCCAUUUUCACGGUGUGUCCAACUUGCAGGAGUUUCGGUACACAGCAGGAGGGGGUUGCACUGACGGUGGCAAUCUUUAACCCACUUUUACUGAUUUCCCGAGGGAGCUCUGGUUGGAGGAAAGAACGGCUCUCGCGCUGCAGGAGCUGGUCCUGCUGCGAGCGGAGCGACCAACAGGGGGCGCUAUUAAACCUGACAAUGGGUUUGGUCUCAUUCUGUCUCAGUCUGUUCAACUCGACCUCUUUGGGUAAAAAAA